AUGGCGCUCAAUCCUCAAGCCCUCGGCUGUUUCGCAAUUAUAUUCGUGAUCCCAAGUACCUACCAAUCCGGGAUGACAGCAUCCGUCGAAAUGGCCAUGAGUUUACUUACCAAUUUUGGCGACACCUCCCGUGCUCCAUGCAUCUGUGAUGGACUGGAUGAACAAUCCCAGAAAAUGGACGAAUACAUCCAGUCGAACCCGACUGGCCAUCCUGAAGGCUAUAAGCUUUACACUACAAAGGGUGAUAAAUCACUCGAAGAAGCCAUAAUUCACGCCCUCCGAGACACGCUUCAGUUUUGGGCAAUUUGGCAUGGACCCCUUGAGUCUCACCGAUGGAAGCAUAUGUAUAUUGCCUUCACGUCCUGCUGUGACGAUAUUUGUAUCCCCCCUCAAGACCUACGAAGUGGGGCCUUCCGUAUACUCGGCCACACGUUGACCGACGUACUCCAAGGUCUUCUUUCUGAAGGUAUUCACCCAAACGAUGUUAAGAAAUUAAAGAUGCCCAUAUGGCGAGAGUCUAUCGGCCAAUAUCUGGAGAAAGUCCACCCUACAGUCCGAGACCAGCCUCUGGGCAAGACCACCAUGAUGACACAAUUUCGGAUGAGGACUGCCAACGGGGAGGGAGCCGCGCUUCUCGCUUUGGCCGCAAGGGUUACGGGACCGCUUUCGUCUUACUACGACCUGGUUGAGUUUGCCGGCAUCGGUGUUUGUCUAUCCAUGGACAUGACGAAGGAGGGACUCGGUAUUCUCCGCGGAGACCCAACGGAGAUCGUUGCCGGAGGUGUCCGAGAGCAGCUCAAGAAGGAAAUCCACUGGUUGUAUGCCCGGACAAUGGAGUUCCUCGGCAAGCAGCAUCACACUCCUGGCUUUAUUUUACCUUACCUAAUGGACCGCUACUGGGAAAGAGUGACGCAAACGCGAGCCCCAACCACAACUGAUUGGAGACGCCGGAUCAAGUCUUAUAGAAGCCUUUGA